AUGGCGGAGCAGCAAGUGAGAAAGCUGCGGGAAGAACAUCUAGAGCUGAAGGGGGAAGAUGUGGGAAAAGAAGUCAUGAGAGGACCCGAGGCGGAUGUGAGGAGCAUAACAGCAGAGGCAGCGUGUAACCGGGGGCAAGGUGGCCUAUGGGUAGCUGGAUGGGAAGGUCCGGUGAGGGACCCGGCCAAGAAGCACGAAGAAGCAGAGUGGGAGAGCAAGGAAGAGAGGGCAUGGGAGUGCGUGACAGCAGGAAAAGGACUGGAGGAUACAGUGGGAGUCGCGAUGAGUAAGAAAGAACAAGAGGCCAUGCAGACAGUAACGGGGAUUAAAGGAGAGUCAUGGGCAGAUGAGUCGAUGGAGCCAGCAACACAGCCUCACACCUCUCACCUCGCUGGCACCUUGCCUUACAGUCUGGCUAUCAUCUUAUUCCUUCAUGUGCUGUUCCUCGCCACCGCUCACAUCUCCAUCUGCUUCACCCUCGUACACGUGUGCUCCAUUUGUCUGCCUUUUCACCUUCGUUGCUCUACCACUUAUUCAGCUGUUGCCCACCUCCUUCCGCUUAUACCCUCCUCCCCUUGCCACUGCCCCCCUCCCCCCAUUCGCCCUGCUGCAUCUCAGUGUGCAGGCGCAUGCCUUGCAGCCAUGGCUCGGAUAAUUGCAGUGGCCAUGGGGCUGCUCGUGCAUUUCCUUCUCGGCGCUGCCAUCAGCAUCAUGCCACUAGGCAUGAACGCUUG